GUGUGUUCUAGUCUUACUUCAGUAUCGGUUGAUCCUUCCUACUGAUAAGUUCUACCGCUGCUGCUUUCUACUUUUCUUCAUUAUUGUGUUUCUAUUUUGCUUCUUUUCUUCUUUAUUACUGCUUUACUUGAUCUUCCUUCUUUAAUUUGUUUACUGUAACUUCCCGUCUCCCUCUUCCUCCUACCCCCCCCCCUCAAAUUUUAUCUUUCCUUUAUAUAAUUUUCUUCUCUAUUCUUCAUUUUCAUCAGUUAAUUUCCUGUACUUCCGGUCUUCUUUUCCUCGUCAUCCUCUUCCUCUUCCUUUGUGUUCCUUAGUGCUUCUCUCGGCACCCUCCUCUUCCUCCUCCUCCUCCACCAUGGCCCAGGAAGAACAAGCGGUUACCAACUUUCGGGAAUACAUCCGAAUUAAUACUAUGCAUCCGGAUCCGAAUUAUGGUCCCUGUACGGAGUUUCUCAAGAGGCAGGGGAAGGAGUUGGGUGCAAAGGUCCAAGUGAUAGAGUUUGCCCCUGCCAGCCCUACGGUUAUUCUCACUCUGCCUGGCUCCGAUCCUUCCCUCCCCUCCAUCCUUCUCAAUUCUCAUACAGAUGUUGUCCCUGUGUUCCCGGAGCACUGGAAAUAUGACCCCUUCAGUGCCCACAAGGACGAGAACGGGGACAUCUAUGGCAGGGGGACGCAGGACAUGAAGUGUGUGGGCAUGCAGUAUAUUGAAGCCCUGAAGAAGUUGCAGAAGGAAGGACGAGGGAAGUUUCUGCGUACCAUUCACCUUUCCUUCGUCCCAGAUGAGGAGGUUAGCGGCUUCAAAGGAAUGAUGCUGUUUGUCAAAUCUGAAGCUUUUCGUAAACUCAACGUGGGUUUUGCAUUGGACGAGGGAUACGCCAAUGAAGGAGAGGAGUUCUUCGUGUUCUACGGUGAACGUUCCCCAUGGAACCUGUACGUGAAGUGCCCGGGCCAGCCAGGUCACGGAUCACAGUUCCUGAAGGACAAUGCCGGGGAGAAGAUGAGGAAGGUGGUCAACUCUUUCCUUGACUUCCGUGACCAGGAGGAGCAGAGGCUGGCCGCUGAUCCAUCCCUCAACUUGGGGGACGUGAUCACCGUCAACCUCACCAAAGUACAGGGUGGAGUGCAAUUCAACGUGAUCCCCGCAGAAAUCACACUGGGGUUCAACAUUCGCGUUCCUCCCACCACGGACUUCGAUGAGCUGGAGGGGCGGAUGAAGGGGUGGUGCAGGGAGGCUGGGGCUGACGUCACGAUGGAAUUUGACACGCAGACGAAGAUUCCUCAGACGACAUGUGUAGAAGAUGGGAAGAGUGCGUGGUGGGAUGCCUUCGCUGGAGCUUGCAAGAAAGAGAACAUCAAGCUCAUGAAGAGGAUUUUCCCAGCCGCUACAGACUCACGGUAUCUCAGAUCGGUUGGAAUCCCGGCACUUGGUUUCUCUCCAAUGAACCACACACCACUUCUUCUUCACGACCACAAUGAAUUUCUAAAUGAAAAUAUUUUUAUGAGAGGUAUUCAGAUAUACACGUCAAUUAUCCCUGCCGUGGCUAAUUUGCCUGCCUAGAGGUGUGUGUGUGUGUGUGUGUGUUUGUUUGUUUGGAAGGAUGUUGAGAUGGAGCGGCAGGCAGGCAGGAGUGGUGGUGUGAAUGUUGGUCUGUAUGUCUGUCAGUUCGGAGUUGUAGGAGUGAAUAACAGAUAGACAGACAGACAGACAGACAGACAGACAGACAGACAGGCAGGCAGGCAAAAGAGAGGUAAGCAGUUAACUCCUUCUACUGUUCUUUGUUUUGUUUUAUUGUUUUUUUCUCGUUUUUUAUUUUGUUUUCUUGAUUUUUUAUUGUUUUUUGUAUUUUUUUGGUGAAUUACUGUUUUCCUUUGUCUUUUGGGGAUGAAUUGCUGUUUUCCCUUUUUUUUUUUUUUUGUGUGUGUGUGUGUGUGUGUGUUCCUCGCUGUUGUUUUUUGGUGAAUUGUUUUCCUGCUUUUUUUUUGUAAAUCGCUGUUUUCCUUUUUUUUUCCUUUUUUUUUGUUUCCCUGCUGUUGUUUUUGGUGAUUUUCCCCUCCAACUUGUUUAUCUCGCAGCUUUCCAAUAUGAGAUUAUAUUAUAGUUACACAGUAUUUACAUAUCAACUCUUCGCUUUGGUUGUUUAAGGAUAUGAAUGCGUCUUAUUGUUAAUUGGGAAAUAUUUCUUGUAGUGUACGUAAACAGUAACCAAAAAAGAUUAAAGUUUGGCCCGCCCACAAACUUUAACCUACUUCAUGUUUCUCACGUUUUUUCUGUCAAACCUCUCCUUUUUCACUCAUCUAACGCCUAAAGAAAGCAAAAAAAAAAAAGAAAAGUUACUGGGAGGACUGUAUGAAAGACCAGUGUUUGUCUUUAUAUACUGGAGUCAAUUUGGUAAACGCGAGAUGGUUAGGUUACUAGGACAGUAUGAACGACCAAUGUUUUUGUCUUCCUGGAGUCAAACACUAUUGUAAACACGAGGUAGUUGUGUUAUUGGAAGGACAGAAUAUGAAGUACCAGUGUUUCUAUGUCUUACUGAAGUCACUGUAACUGCCACUGUAACUGAAUCACAGUCGACAAAUUUUAAAGAGCUCAAAACUCGUGACUCCCAGGAAGAUUUGACUUAUUAACAGAGAAGAGAAUGUAAAAGAAGAAUUUUUUCAUUAGUCUUUAUUUCAUGGAGUCACACACCCACGCUAUAACCGGAUUGUAUUCAGGAUAUUUUAAGACCUCAAAAGCCAUGACUCUUAGCUAGAUUUGACUUACUGACAGUGGAGAAAAUAUAAAAAGAUGCGCGUUUUCAUUAAUCUCUAUUUAAUGGACUAUAUUCGAUUAAUUUUAAGGACCCAAAACCACGAUACUUUACAAGACUUGACUUAUUAACUCUUUCACUGCUAUGUUCGUCUUUGGUAAUAUUGAGCACAUUAUAAAAGAUAUUUGCAUGGAUAGAUAAAAGAGGCAAUAAAAAAGAUUAAUUUGGUGCUGUCUAGGCUGCAGGAUUAAUUAAUGUGUUUUAGCACGAAAAAUAAGUAUCUGAAGAGCUACAAGGGAUUAUGGGAAAAGAAUGUGUAGCAGUGAAAAGGUUUACGUAAGACUGCAAAUUAUCAGCGUUUGCAUCAGACUAUUUACUAGAGUCGCACUAAACUAUACACGAUAUAUAGCCGUUGCACAAAUCCUAAGGGCACUAAAACCACGACUCCGCUGCAUUUGCCUUAAUAACAUAGGAUAGCACAUAAAAGAUCAGUGCAUCAGACCUCUAUUUCGUGGAGUCGCACUGUAUAUCUGAACUACACAACAUUUAUAUACGCUGCACAAAUGUUAAGGCCACUAAACCCACGACUUUCAGCUGUGUUUGACUUACUGACAUGAGACGGCGCAUAAAAGAUCGUUGUUUACUUCAGAUCUGUUCUAUUUCGUGGAGUCGCACUGUAUAUCUGAACUACACAACAUUUAUAUACGCUGCACAAAUGUUAAGGCCACUAAACCCACGACUCAGCAAGAUUUGACUUGGUAACACAGCACAGCGUUUAACGAGAGAGUGUUUGCAUCAGCUCUCUUUACUUACUGGAAUCACGCACUUUGCACGGACGGUACUUGACUGCUACACGAAGGUCACAGAACCCACGACUCUGCCACCAAUGACCUUCACCUCGUAACCACUGUAGACGUUCGUGUGUGCAUUAAUGGCUGUUAAAUAUUAAGGGAACUGGCCUACAGACUUCUACAUAAACAGUUUAUUUCUGGACAAAACAUGAUGAAUAUUUUUGUAUGUUAGAAAAUGUACGAAGGCUGUUAGGUAACCGUACUGUAACCAAUUGAUGUGUGUGUUUAAUAAAGGUCAUCAGUAAUAUGAAA